UAUAUAUCAACCUGUGAACUUGCUUCCAAAUUCAUUACAAUAGAAGUAUGUUGCAGAAUAAAGUGAAUACAUUGUGAUUUUGAUUACAGCUACAAAUUUUACAGGAAUUGACUACUUAUAGCAGAAAAUUUUUACCUCUCAAAAGGAUCACAAAUUCACUGAAGAAAUGUAACCCAAUCUGUCAUCUAUAUUGGGUAUUCCCUGACCAAAAAAAAAAAAAAAAAAAAAAAAAAAAGAAGAGAAAAUUUAAAAAAUGGCCAACAGUACAAUGUCAUCCAUCAUUGGUAUGACGAAUGAAACAGUUCCAGGGUACGUCAUUGCUGGAAAUGACACACUGACCAAUUUGACCACUACAGUAGCCACUCCAUCUGGUGACCAGGCUCACAUCAUAGUGGCACUAGUUAUUUACACUUACUUGGGACCUAUAAUAUGUGCAAUAGGAAUGCUGUUCAACAUUAUAAACUUUGCUGUUCUAAUGCAGCACCAACUGAAGGAGUCCCCAUACACGUAUCUCACAGGACUAGCUAUGGUUGAUUUUUCUGCACUGACUCUUUCCUUCAUCUACAUGGUCAUCUCCCACAAAACACCUGGGGUGAAAUUCUGGAGAUAUUUUGAUGCUUAUAUUUUCCUCCCAUUUGUUAAUGUAUGUACAUCUUCUAGUGUUUGGAUAAUUGUCCUGUUGACAAUAGAAAGGUUCCUCUUUGUCAGACACCCACUCUGGGCCAAAGCUAAAUGUGACCGAGCAAGUGCUAAAGUCAAGAACCUUGCCAUAGUUGGAAUGGCUCUGGUGUUCAACAUCCCUCGAUUCUUGGUUUUCGAAGUCGUUGAGAGUAAACCUGGAUACUGGAAGUUGGAGCAUACACCUUUUCGCAAGAGUAAGAACUUUUUUGGAAUUAAUUGGGUCUACAGUAUCACUGUUCAGAUUAUCCCUCUUACCAUUCUCCUGUUUGCUAAUACAUAUCUUGUGUAUGCUGUUAUGAGAGCUAGGAAGCAGAGAGAGGAGCUUCAAAUUCGCAACAACAAGGAAGCGACAUGGUAUCGGGAUCAGGUUCGUCUUACCAUCACAUUGAUCAGCAUUGUAUGUCUAUUCAUAAUCUGUAUUUUACCCUCCGCAUUCUCAGACUUUCCUAUUGCAUACUUUUUCUUUGGAGGAGAAAAAACAGAACAGCAGUUUCGCACAUCCGAUUUUUACCUCAUUCUCCAAUAUGUUGCUAACCUCUUGGUGUGGUGCAACCUAUCUCUGAAUUUUGUUCUGUACUGCUCCUUUAAUGAAAAGUUCCGCAGAGUGAUGCGUCACAUGGUCAAGAGAUGGCUGGAGUUAAGCUGCAUCAAGCAAUCUUACAGACCCUUCAAAGUCAGCUUUAACAUCAACGGCAUUACCAGACAUAACAGCAGCCAGACAAAUAGCUUAACACAACAAACCAAAUGUUCCAUGAGCAUGGGGCCACAUGAAAUUCUCAAACUAGAAAAGGCUGAUUACUCAGCUAGUCAGACCACAGCACUGUUUGACAAAAGUGAAGCUGAUAACUAAACUUGACAGUGAACACAAAAACUGAGGAAGUCUCUCGUUGGCAUACGUACAAGACUCAAAAUCAAACAAUGCUAAAUGUCACUGCUUAAGCCUUUGCAUUGACUCUUUCUUUGAAAAAUCAGAUCUUAUAAUGCUUAUGAUCUUUUUUCACUUCAUUCAGGGAAUUUGACUGCUUCUCAAAAUUUAAGAAUAUAUUAUAAUAAAUAAAUUAUACAUAUAUCUAUUUAUUUAACAUUACAAGGUUUACAAAUUACAAUCAAAAGAGACUAAGUUUCAGUAAAUAGGGCAUUUCAUUUACCCCCAUUUACUAUGUAGAUCAAUGUACUACUCAUUGUACAGUUGAUAUGUAUAUAUUAAAUACAUGUUUUUUUGUCCUCUCAUUCAUGUGAUAUUUUAUUAAAUUUUAUUUCUGUACCAAAUGCACACAAUACUGCAGAGAAUCUAUUGUUUGCAGAUUUAAUUUGGCUUAUUUGAUUUUUGAAAUACUUUUCAAACUAUGCUUUAUAGGUGUUUUUUUUUAGUUAUGUUCAGAAACCACUGGAAUAAUCCCUUUUGCAUUUAAAAUACUGCUAAAUUAUCAGUUGACUCGGAAAUAUUUGAUAGAAAAAGUGGUAAUGCAUUUUCAUGAUUGUGCUAAAUAAUAUCCAUCCAAAGUUUAAACAGGGUAAAUUUUGAAAAUUCUUAAAUAAGUACACAUAAGCAGUCAUUUAUACUCUAGCUGUUUUGAAUUCAACAGUUCUUUUUACCACUCAUUACACAUAUUUUUUUUCAAAAACAAAACUGCACAUGUUUGUUAUGCAUUAUAUAAUGACAAUUCCAGCCUUGUAACAAAUCAAUUGCCAACUUUCAAUGUCCAUUAAAAUUUAAGCAUGUCGAUCCAUUAUUUGAAAAGCUAUAUUUGUAAGAAAUUUAACAGUCUUUACAUAUACUGAAUUUCUUGUCAAAAUACUGAGGUGUUUCAAACUGUUGUCAUAUAUAAUUCUAAAUACUAUUUAUAAAAGACUCCUAUAUUUGGUAUCAAGAAUUCUUAUUACUAGAUCAGUGUAAUUCUAGCAUUGCUGUCAUCAACAUUUACCUCUAUAUAAAUAAUCAGUUUUGUGAUUAAUAUGUGCUCUUCUUGUUACUUUGUUGUGAAAAUUCAUAUGUAUAUCCCGGUAUGUCAAAAUGAAUAAAAAAGAUAUCCUUGUUAUCAA